AUAGUACACGUCCCUUUGCAUGCAAAAAAAAGCAAACCCACUAUCCUUGAUCCCAUAGUCCCCUCUAACCCAUAGAAACGUCUCUCUCACAGACAACAACAGAAACAACAUGAUCGAAGAGAACGACUGGGGUCUGAAUUGGAUGCAAACUCCGUGGAUUGUGUGGGGGCUCGUGCCCUUCCUUGCCGUCAAUAUUGGUUUCUGGGGCACCGCCAUUCCCCUGGAACUGAUUCUGAACAAACUCAUGCAGGAUGAUUCAUCCUUUUGGAACAAGUGGUUUCAUCUCAUUGAAUACGGCAACCAGAAGAAUCGUCGCCAGGAGUUGGCCGAAUGCCGAGCACAAAUCAGCCUAGCACAUCAAGCAAAAGUUUCGUUGAUGCAAAUGUGCGGUCCCACGGCGAUAAUUGGAGCCGUCACGGCUGGAUACCUGCUUCCUCUGUGGAUGCCUGCUGUGGAACGAACAAUGCCCACGUUGGCACAAUUUACACUACAAAUGAUAAUCAUGGAGAUUGUCGGUGAUUUUUCCCUCUACUGGGGUCAUCGAGUCCAACAUUCAAGUCAGUACCUCUGGGAGAAUUUUCAUUCCAAACAUCACCAACUGGGAACUCCCUCGGCUUUGUCGGCAGCGUGUAUCGAUGGAAUUGAUGCUACACUGCAAGCCUCAAUUCCCAUGUUAUUGGCCGGGCUGUCGGCUCGGGCCCACCCCGUUUCCUUUUGGGGCCAUUGUUUCUUUCGAGUCAGUCAAAAUGUGGUGCAUCAUUGUGGCAUGACCUCUCCCCUUCUCUCCAUUCUCUUUUUCAAAUAUCUUCCUGGAAGAGCUGACAAUAACUUUCAUGAUUACCAUCAUCGUUACUCCAAUUAUCAAGGCCAGGCCAGAAAUUAUGGAGAGUACUUUACGCUCUGGGAUGAGUUGUUUGGCACUGCCUCCAAUUUGGACAAAUUGAAGAUGAAAUAGGAGUACAUGUUGUCAUCCAUACAGAUAAUAAGACUGAAAUCCCCUCAUGCUAGCUAGUACCGGUAUCAGGUAUCACACAAAGAGAAAUCCAACCAAGCAAAUAGCUAGGCAAAAGUUCAUUCUAUAGAUUGCUCCAAUACCAUUUCUUGGCAAUACUUUUGGGAGCCAAUAUGACC